AUGAAGCGUAGUCAUAUGUCCAAAGACAUCCUUAAAAAGAGCAAAAUUCCGACGGAUGCAUACAGAAAACAGCAGAAAAGGAAAGAAAGAAAGAAAAAGAAAAAAGAGAGAGCCGAACAACUAGAAAAAAUUGUAAGCACAAAAAACCCACACGUCGUAAAAGAAAAAUUAGAUGUUCUGAGAACAAAAGAACAGCAAGGAAAGCUCUUACCUGUGGAAAAAAAAAAAUUAAAACAGUAUGAAGCCUUGUGGAAUUUGAUAAAAGAAAAGGUGAAAGACAAAAGUUACUUCUAUAGUAACAAUGGAGUUAUGUUUAGCUUGAAUGAGCAAACUGGUCUGAAUGAGCAAACUGGCCCGAAUGAUCCAACUGGCCCGAAUGAACAAACUGGCCCGAAUGAACAAACUGGCCCGAAUGAGCCAACUGGCCUGAAUGAACAAAUCGAUGUCGGUGCUUCACCAAGUGAUGAAAGUGAUUAUGCUACUUCAGAUGAUGAAGUGAAUUCCCAGGAAUCAUCAGAUGACAGUGACAAUGACGUUAGCAUAGAAAGGGAUAAUCAGAGUAGUAAACAGAGCGAUGACGAAAAUGGUGCAGAAAUGGGUGACCAGCAGGAUGAGGACUUUUUCUUAGAAUCCUUACCUUCUCUUCCCAAAGGAUUACCUGAUGAAUUUCUCAUGCAGAAUAUGUAUUCAUAUCCAUAUAAUUAUUAUUUUCCAAAUGCUAAUGUUAAUAGCUAUGUAAACUAUCAGUCUGUUAUACCAUGUCUUAAUAAGACGACAAGUGUGAAUAAUACUUAUUAUACAUACAACAAUAAUGGGUAUCAUAAUGGUUACUGCAAUAUGGCAAGCUAUAUUUGCAAUUCUUCUUAUACAUCCACAUAUGUACAAGUGGAAAAUGGAAAAAAUUACAUGAACACACAAGGAAAUAGAGAAGUUGUUGUUCCAGAAAAUUGUGGAAAUAAAAAUGUGAAGAUCGAAAAUUUAAGAAAUGACAAUGUUGAUGGUGGUAUAGACAAAACAUAUCCCAUGUGUGUGAAUUCGAGUUAUCAUAUACAUGAUAACCUUGACACUGAAUCGAAAUUACAAAAUGAGGGAAAUUCAGUUAUAUCAAAUGUAGGAAUGAAAGAUAUUAACAUUCAUAAAAAUGUCGACCACGAUUUGACUACCAUUUGUAGUAAUGUUGAUAAUGAUGAAAGUAAAAAAAGUUCCACUAAGGAUAAUAAUGGUAGCAAUAUCACCAACAUUGAUGUCGAUUCCAAAGUGCCUUACGAAAAAGACGGUACAGAAAAAAUUCCUUCACCCAAGGAUACUUCGAGUUAUUUGAGGGACAUGCCUAAUAUGCAUAUUUCUAACGGUCAAAUGAAUGUGGUGAAUUACACAAAUACAAGCCUUAACCCAAGUGCCUCUCCAAACUGUAGCAGACCUAACACUAUUAACGAGCUCAACUGCUCUGCUGGUUACUACUAUAAUUAUGGGAAUAUGUAUGGUAAUUUUAAUACAGGAAAUAUGACGGGUGGAAAUUAUUUCCUUCCUGUGUAUAAUAACAGCACUAUGUAUGGUGCGACCAAUUUUAAGGGAAGAAAUGGAUUUGGUGCAAAUUCAAAAAAGUACACAGAUACAGGAAAAAGGUAUGGCAAUCGUAUGAAGGACAAAGAGACAAAUCCUGUAACAAAGAGAACUCGAAUAGGAAAAGUUGGGGGCUAUUAUAAUGGAGAUACAAACUAUGGAUUGUCAGUAAAAGAACCAAAUAGUGAUGAACACAGGAGAAAGAGAAAUAAUGCACAUACAAAAGAUCACGGAGAAGUGGUACAGAAGCGGCAAUGGUCCCAGAAAAAGGGACAAGGACAAGAAGAGAAUGGGCAUAUGAAAAGGAAACAACAAGGAGAAACCCCACCGUCACAGGAACGUACGAAGGAACAGUAUUUCAUUCCCAUUAAUUUAAGACUAAAGAACAAACUGAACGACGUAUGUGAAACUAAUAUUAACACAGUCGAUAAGGAAAACGGCACAAGUGACAAAAAUAUUAAUUUAGACCUUGAAUACAAUAAGUUCAUCAAAGAGGUAGACUUGGGUUAA